UUGUGUGCAAAGCACGGGAGAGGGAGGAGGAGAAGAAACAAGACAAAACGAGGUCUCAACUCAAAGCCCCGACAUUUCCUGCCUUCCACUGCCGGCGGCCGCCCCGCAUUCUUGGCAUUCCUAGGCUGUGACUCCGUGGUCGUCGUCGUCUCCGCUGAGCAGCAGCGCUUGGAUGAGAAAGAGCAGCGGGGCAGGCGCGCUCGCCUCAGCGCAGUGGCCGCCUCCGCAGCGCCCGGCCCUCGUUUUAAUAUUAGGGAGGCAGCAUUCGGUCGCCCCCCCUCCCCCCCAAAAAAUCCAAUGCUCCCGGUUCUCCAGCCGCCCCGCUCUCCUUCCUGAAUACCGCGCUUCCUUCCCCAACUCCAAACUUUUCUCUAGCGCCCCUGCGCCUUCGGAGGGGGGGGGCGGGGAACCAAAGGCGGAGCGUUUCCCUCCCCCCUUUUUGCCGCUCCCCCGACCCAACCAAUAUCCCGCUUCUCCUUCCUCUCAGCCCGCCCCAUCCCCUCCCCCGAUUAACUUUUGCAACGAACGGACCUCUUGCCUGAAACUUUCUUCCCCCUCCGGAUUGGAUUCUUGUGGUUAAGACAGACGCCUGGUCCAUCCGUCGUGGCGAUAUUUUCUUCGGGAUUUCCCCCUCCCCCAAAUUGUGGUGUGUGUGUGUGUUUUUCCCCUCCCCUGGUGGGGGGGGAGGUGGAGGCGAGAGAAGAAAAAAGAGGCUCGUGAUUUGGCUUCUCUUUGGGAAAAGCAGCCGCAUUUGGUUGAUCCCAAGACAUGUGAACAGGAUAUUGCUGUGGUAUCCACCUUUGGCAUGGGCAACCUUUUGCAAACCUGGAGGAGAAUUUCUGAAAAUAGGGGAACAGCGUUCAAAUCUUCCCUACUAAGAAGAUCUAAGGUGUGAGAAGGAGAGGGAUAACUGCUUUAGCUUAGCAGUCAUGCCUUUUGGGCUGAAAUUACGAAGGACUCGACGCUAUAAUGUCCGGAGCAAGAACUGUUUCAUGACCCGGAUUCAACUGUUGGAAAACAAUGUGAUUGAGUGCACAUUGUCUGUGGAGAGCACUGGGCAAGAAUGCUUGGAGGCUGUGGCUCAGAGGCUGGAAUUACCAGAGACACACUAUUUUGGCCUUUGGUUUCACAACAAGAGCCAGCAAGUGCGAUGGGUGGAACUGGAGAAACCUUUGAAAAAGCAGCUGGACAAGUUUGCCAGCGAAUCUUUGCUUUUCUUUGGGGUCAUGUUUUAUGUGCCCAGCGUUGCCCUCCUGCAGCACGAAGUCACAAGGUACCAGUAUUAUCUUCAAGUAAAAAAAGAUGUUAUUGAUGGACGAUUGCGCUCUUCCUUUGAACAAGGGAUAAGGUUGGCUGCAUUGGCUGUUCAAGCUACAUUGGCAGCUCAAGCUGGCUUUGGAGAUUACCCUCAUUUUGAAUCUCAUGAUCUCCGACAGUAUGUUUUGUUUCCUAUGGAUUUGACUCAAAAUGAAGCCAUUUUGGAAGAAUUGAUUCAGAAGGUAGUCCAGGAACACAAAAAUCAUAGCAGCCUUUCUGCAGCAGAAGCAGAAUUGCUUUACAUCAGGGAAGUGGAACGACUAGAUGGAUUUGGGCAGGAAAGUUUUCCUGUGAAGGACAAUCAAGGAAAUGACUUUCAUCUUGGAAUUUUCUGCAUGGGGAUUUUUCUAAAGAACUCAAUGGGAAGAUCCACAGUGAACUACAGGUGGAAUGAUAUUGGAAAUAUAACACACAACAAGUCUUCAAUUGUUGUAGAAUUGCUUAACAAAGAAGAAACUAUGCUGUUUCAUACGGAUGACCUUGAAAACGCCAAGUACAUUUCACGGCUCUUUGCUGCGAAGCACAAGUUUUACAAACAAAACAAAAUCUGCACAGAACAAUCAAAUUCUCCUCCCCCUAUCAGACGGCGGCCCACAUGGAGCAGAUCAUCUUUGCCAAGGCAGCAUCCAUUUAUUAUGCCUCCUGUGCAUGUCCAAUGUGGAGAACACUACACUGAAACUCACAAUUCACAAGAUAGCAUUUUUCAUGGAAAUGAAGACAUGUUUUACUAUAGAUCUCAGACUAGCUUGGACAGAUGCGCAAUGGACUUCAGCUAUUUGAAUGGCAGUGUCCCAAAUGGCAGCGUGUGCAGUGCCCAAAGUAUGAACUCUCUCAACCAUUCGCAGAAUUUCAUUCAAGCUUCUCCAGUGUCCUCCAACCUCAGUAUCCCUGGAAGUGACAUCAUGAGAGCAGAUUACAUACCAAGCCAUAGACAUAGUGCAAUAAUUGUCCCUUCAUAUAGGCCAACCCCAGAUUAUGACACUGUAAUGAGGCAAAUGAAAAGAGGAGUGAUUCACACUGAUAGCCAAAGCCAGUCUUUGAGGAACCUCAACAUUGGGAACACUCAUGUUUACAGCCAACCCACAGACCUUGUAUACAGUCAACCAGAAAUUCAGGAGAGACCUUCUUAUACCAUUGCAUAUGGGCCUCAAGGCACUUAUAAAAAACAUGUGACUCCUUCUGAGCAAGUGAAUCCCAUGAAUGCUUUGCAGGCAAAACCGACAGUUAGUGCCAUUUCCCAUACAGUUAGCACUCCAGAGCUGGCCAAUAUGCAGCUCCCCAACAAUCAGAGAUGUGGCCCUGCACACGUACUGAAGAACUACCUUUUCAGGCCACCACCACCCUAUCCACGUCCACGUCCUGCUACCAGUACACCUGACCUAGCAAGUCACCGCCACAAGUAUGUCACUGGCAGUAGUCCUGACCUGGUCCCUCGGAAAGUGCAGCUUUCAGUGAAGACUUUCCAAGAAGAUAGUGCUCCUGUUGUCCACCAGUCGCUACAGGAAGUGAGUGAGCCUCUUAUGGCAGCCAAACAUCAUGCAGCCAUCAACAAACGCCACAGUUUGGAAGUGAUCAGUAAUAUGGUGCGUGGAAUGGAAGCUAUGGCUUUAAAAAGCCUAAAUGCUCCCUUGCCACGCAGAAAUACCCUACGCAAUGAGAUGCAGCCAGAGGAAGUGGUGCAAAGAGGGCAUGAGGUUCAGCAGCUCCCUCAUUACCAUCACAAAAAGACCUUCUCGGAUGCUACAAUGCUGAUCCACAGCAGUGAAAGUGAAGAUGACGAAGAAGCAUCAGAAUCUGUGCCUUCCAUGGCAGCCUUACAUGAAAACGUGGAGUAUAGUGCUCAGUUGCAAGCUGCUUUGGCUCGAAUACCUAACAAACCUCCUCCUGAAUACCCUGGUCCCAGGAAAAGUAUUAGCAAUGGAGCUCUGCGGAAUGAACAAAUGGGUAACGUUCCACGGGCUGUGUCUCGAGCCAAGGUGGUGAAGUCAGGACCAGCCAGGACAAUUAGCAUAUCUCGGACUGAUCAGAGCAUGAUGAAUGGAUCUUCCCUUGGUCCAUCAGUCUCUGAGCCAGACCUCACAAGUGUCAAAGAACGGGUCAAGAAAGAGCCAAUGAAGGAGAGGCCUGUGUCUGAAAUGUUCUCCAUUGAAGAUAGUAUCAUAGAAAGGGAAAUGAGGUAUCUAGAGAAACAGAAGAUGGCAGGCCUGGAAGCCCAGAAGAGGCCCUUGAUGUUGGCAGCACUCAAUGGACUCUCAGUUGCUCGAGUUCCAGUGCCUGAGGAUAGCCAAGAUGAAGGAGCCAAGGUGCCAAUGGAUGAGCGGUGCAAAAUCUUGAGGAGGAAACUGGAAGAAGGGAUGGUGUUCACUGAAUAUGAGCAGAUUCCAAAGAAGAAGGCAGAUGGAUUUUUUACCACUGCCAUUCUCCCUGAGAACAUUGAGCGUAAUCGUGUCAGAGAAGUCAUUCCAUACGAAGAGAAUCGAGUGGAGCUGGUACCCACCAAAGAAAACAAUACAGGCUAUAUCAAUGCAUCACACAUAAAGGUGACAGUAGGUGGAGAAGAAUGGCACUAUAUCGCUACACAAGGACCUUUGCCACAAACAUGCCAUGAUUUCUGGCAAAUGGUGUGGGAGGAAGGAGUCAAUGUGAUAGCCAUGGUGACAGCAGAAGAGGAAAGAGGAAGAACCAAAAGCCAUCGUUAUUGGCCCAAACUUGGCUCAAAACAUAGCUCAGCCACUUAUGGAAAAUUCAAAGUGACCACCAAAUUCCGGACUGUUUCUGGUUGCUAUGCUACAACGGGCCUGAAGGUCAAGCACCUAUUGUUAGGACAGGAGAAGACUGUGUGGCAUUUACAAUACACCAACUGGCCAGAUCAUGCCUGUCCAGAAGAGCAAGACUUCCUUUCCUAUUUGGAAGAGAUUCAGUCAGUGCGCCGUCAUACCAACAGCAUUCUGGACAGCAGUAAUAAUUGCAACCCUCCAAUUGUUGUGCACUGUAGUGCUGGAGUAGGGAGGACAGGUGUGGUUAUUUUGACAGAGCUUAUGAUUGGCUGCUUGGAACACAACGAGAAAGUAGAUGUUCCAGUGAUGCUUCAACAUCUGAGGGAACAGAGAAUGUUCAUGAUCCAAACUAUUGCACAGUAUAAAUUUGUCUACCAAGUCCUCAUCUUAUUUCUACAAAAUUCCAGGCUCAUUUAACAUCUUCAAAAGAGACACUGCAUCUUUUCAUUCACUUAUUUAGACAGCCUUUUUUGGUUUGGCUGAGAAUUGCCCUACUACAAAGCUUCUUGCUUUGCAGUAUUUUGUGACACCUAAUCAAAAUUGCUUCAAUGAUAAGGACACUUUGUUCUUCUUGCAGAUGAUUUUAUAUGAAAUAAUUUAUUUUUUUUAAUGAUGCGUGGACUUUCUUAAUUGGUGGAAUGUGGGGUGCCCUUAAAAUUAUGGAACCACAUUUGACACAUUUCUUUAUUAUAAUCUGUCUUUAGGACGGGAAAUAAUCCUAUCUGGAGAGGUUCUCUUGACCAUUGCAUUUCUAUAUGACUUGCAAGGCAGCUUUGCUAUUUUAUUGUAUUCUAUUUUAUUUUUGUGAAAAGAGUAUUUAGCAAUCUGUUUUCAGGGCUGUGCACAUAGAAAAAACCCAACUUAAAAAAUAUUUGACUUUUGUUCAAAUUUAAAAGCAGAUGUCUGUCUAUAAUAUUAUUGAAAAGGAACAAGCUUUUGCCCUCUAAAAUACAUGCAGUGCCUUACAAAAUAGCAGUGGGAUUUCCAAUAAGCUCAAGAAUCCAAAGGUUCAGUACUAAGCAAGUAUGAUCAUACUGGUAGUACCUUGAUGAUGGAUAGUAGCAAUAUUUAAAGCUAUAAAAUAGCUGAAAUACUGGAAUGAAAUCUUUUCUAAGAGAUUUUUUAGGGUCUGAGUGAGAUCUAUUCAAUCCAAAGUCCUAAGUUGAUGCUGUAUCUUGAGUCUGGAAAUUGCCCUGCACAUGAUGUGAAAUAUCCACAUCGGGAGUUUUUCAAGUCAAAUUAUUCUUUGAAUCAUACAGAGUAAAUAUGAAGAUCUUUUUCUAUAUUUUGGUAGAACCUUUCUAUAUUUUGGUAGAACAUUGGACAUAUUUUGGUAGAACAUUCUGUUGGUGCAUGCUGAUAGUGGCAGAGUCAUCCUUUCUGUGACUUCUUCUCUGUUCUCUUCUAAGGGAGAGGUAUAUAUGGAGAAUGAUUGUGUAACUCUUUUUAGAAAUCUUAAUAGGUUAACAUGCAAAAAGCUGUUUAGGUUAAUGUUGUGUCCAAUUACCAUAAGCCAAUAACUACCUAUAGCCUAGGAUAGCAGGUAUGCGUUCAAAGUGUUUUAAAAAUAUCCAUUUAAAUGAAUAGGAAAUGCUGACGGUUACUGAUUUAGUGUUGCUUGCAAAUGAGAAUGUUCUAGUGGUUUGGGUAUGUGCCCUAAGUGUCUUCAGGCUCUAAAAACCCCUGUAGGGUUUGUAUCUGCAGGCUCUGUUGUGUGGCUGCAAUGCAUUUCUUGGAUUCAUAAAUAAUUUUUAAAUAUCUCCACAUAAUAUAAUAAUUAUGUUGACUUUUUAUUUAUUGUCUCUGAAAAAUCAGGUGAGAGAUAGAUUGUCAUGUACAAAAUCUAUGUUGUCGCUAGGACUUGACAGUGACUUGAUGGUACAUAAUCAUUGAUCCAUUUAUCUCAGUAGCGUCCACUCUGAUUUCCCAUCGCUCUCCAAGGUCCUGAUUCAAAUUAUUUCUCCCCUCCCACUGAACAAAAUAAUGUUUAAAAUAAUAUUCGACACCUAUGUUUUAUCUAUAUUUAUAUGGGUAAUCCUUGACUUACAACCACAAUUGGGUCCAACAUUUCCAUUUCUAAGGGAGGUAGUUGUUAAGUGAGUUGCGCCUCAUUUUAAACCUUUUUUGAGAUAGUUGCUGAGUGAUUCAUUUCAGUUGUUAAGAGAAUCAUUGCCAUUGUUAAGCAAAUCAUGCAGUAACUAAGUGAAUC